AGAAUUAAAAUUUCUCUAUUUGAAAAACCACUGUGAACCGAGGAGACAUAUUUACGAUUCAAAAUAGGACAAGGAGCGGGAAACUUAGUAAGGAAUAGAAUAGAGAAGAGUUGUAGCUGUUCUCAUUUUCAAUCACCUUACCACUCUGCUUCCUCUCACCAUUAGGGCUUCGAAAAUGGCGGACAAAAGCAUCACUAAAAGACCACCUCAGAGUCUCAACGACAGCCACUAUAAGUUCCUUCAAGACUUUUCCGCUCCGCCCAAACAAUCCUCCAAAACCCUCGAGGAGAAUCGUGAGGAUUCAUUGGGAGAUCACAGUGAAAUACGGCUCGUUGACGACGAUGUUCCGAACUUCUCUAUAAUCACCGAGUUUGAUUCUUCUCCUGCUCCUGAACAAAAGCUGACCAAGGUAAAGAUUCAAGGACGCCGCCGUCUUUGCAAACUUUCUACUCGGGAUGAUCAGGAUAAGUCCGAGAAAGAAAAUGUGUUUAACGAACCCACGUUUGAUGCAAUUACAGAUUUUCAGUCCCCACCUCCACCACAUAAUCCAAAAACCAAUGAGGAAAAUGGUGGAGGCAACGAGAUUAGAGAUAUUCUUAAUAACUUGAGUGCAAGACUUGAGUUUUUGUCCAUUGAGAAGAGAAAAGAUGCCAAAAAGUCGAAUCCUGUUGAAGAAUCUCUGCCUCUUCCGAAGUAUGAAAGGAUUGAAGAAGAGAAACAAGUUGACCCGCCUGAGUAUGCUAGUGCAGGCUCUUCAUUUUCACUUAAAUCUGAUUCAUCUGAUUCGUCAUCAGAUGCAAAGAAGAAUGUUAAUAAUGUAAUGGGGAGAGGGGAUGACAAAAAUGGCAGUGACCUUCACGACGAAUCUGACGGUGACAUAUCUAGUAAAUAUGAGCACAAAAAUGAAAGUCAUUUUAUCUCGCAGUUUAAAAAAGAAGAGGUUGGUAAGAAACUAGAUAGUAUACAAAAGACCUCAGCAUACCAGGUGAAAGAAGAGGAGGUAGAUGAAGAAGAUGAUUGUGCUGUGUUGAGUAAGGAAGUGGCAAGGGGAAAGCAGAGCACCAAGUCUGGAGACCACCACAUUUCUAGCAAAGUUGACAUCUUGGAAGGUGACAGCUCUAUAACUCUGAAGGGUGCAAAAUAUACAUACAAGCUUUCUGGUAAUAUAGCAAAAAUGCUGUAUCCUCAUCAGCGUGAGGGGCUCAAGUGGCUGUGGUCUCUGCAUUGUCUGGAUAAAGGGGGAAUUUUAGGAGAUGACAUGGGUUUGGGAAAAACAAUGCAGAUUUGUGGAUUUUUAGCUGGAUUGUUUCAUUCGCGUCUGAUCAAGCGGGUCUUAAUUGUGGCCCCAAAAACAUUACUUCCUCAUUGGAUUAAAGAAUUAUCAGUUGUUGGUCUAUCUGAUAAGACAAGAGAAUACUUUGGAACCUGUGUGAAAGCCCGUCAAUACGAGCUUCAAUAUGUUCUACAGGACAAAGGCAUUCUCCUUACUACAUAUGAUAUUGUGCGGGCAAACUCAAAAUCUUUACAAGGAGAGAACUUGAUGAAGUAUAUGAUUCUAGAUGAACAAAGGGAGGAUGGUAACAUAUGGGAUUAUAUGAUACUUGAUGAAGGACACCUCAUAAAAAAUCCUAGUACCCAAAGAGCGAAAAGUUUGCUUGAGAUACCAUGCACUCAUCGUAUAAUCAUUAGUGGUACUCCAAUUCAAAACAAUCUUAAGGAACUGUGGGCUUUAUUCAACUUCUGCUGUCCUGAACUACUCGGUGAUAAAAAAGAGUUUAAGGAAACUUUUGAAGAUUAUAUUCUUCGUGGGAAUGAUAAGCAUGCCACAGAGAGGGAGAAGCGCACUGGUUCAGAAAUUGCUAAAAAACUUCGAGAUCGCAUUCGACCUUAUUUUUUACGUCGCUUGAAGACUGAAGUGUUCAAUGAAGAUGCCAACAAUGGAGAUGCAAAACUUUCUCAAAAGAAUGAGAUCAUUGUGUGGUUAAGAUUGACUAAUUGUCAGCGGCAACUAUAUGAGGCAUUUUUAAGAAGUGAGCUGGUUCUUUCAGCUUUUGAUGGAUCUCCUUUGGCUGCACUAACGAUCUUGAAAAAGAUUUGUGAUCAUCCACUUCUGUUGACAAAACGUGCUGCUGAAGAUGUUCUAGAAGAGAUGGAUACAAUGCUUAAGCCAGAAGAGGUUAAUGUGGCAGAAAAGUUAGCCAUGUACAUAGCAGAUGCUGCUGAGAAAGAUGGCUUUGAAGAGAACCACGUGAACAUCUCAUGCAAAAUAUCUUUCAUAUUAUCUUUAUUGGAUGACUUGAUUCCAAAGGGGCAUAAUGUUUUGAUAUUUUCUCAGACACGCAAGAUGCUUAAUCUCAUCGAGGAAGCACUAAUCUCCAACAGUUAUGAGUUCUUACGAAUUGAUGGUACCACAAAAGCAAGUGACAGACUGACGAUUGUAAAUGAUUUCCAAAAUGGGGUUGGGGCGCCCAUAUUUCUCCUAACAUCUCAAGUUGGUGGUUUGGGCCUUACACUUACAAGAGCAGAUCGUGUGAUUGUUGUUGAUCCUGCAUGGAAUCCAAGUACGGAUAACCAAAGUGUUGAUCGUGCUUAUAGAAUCGGUCAAACGAAGGAUGUCAUUGUAUAUCGACUAAUGACAUGUGGGACAGUGGAAGAGAAGAUUUACAGAAAGCAGAUAUACAAGGGAGGUUUGUUUAGAACUGCAACGGAGCAAAAAGAACAGACCAGAUACUUUAGCCAACAGGAUCUUCGUGAGCUUUUCAGUCUUCCAGCACAGGGUUUUGAUGUUUCCCUUACACAGCAGCAAUUGCACGAGGAACACGAUUGCCAGCAUAUAAUGGAUGAUUACCUGGAUGCCCAUGUGAAAUUUUUGGAGGGUCAGGGUAUAGCUGGAGUUAGCCAUCACAGUUUACUCUUCUCUAAGGCAGCCCCUGCACGAGACGUACACGAAGAAGAGGAAGUGACUAGAAAGGCAGGGUCUACAUAUAUGGGAGCUUCAAAGUCAAGUUCGUCAGUUGAACGGAGUGUUGAUGGUGCUGAGUACGCCUUCAAUCCCAAGGAUGUAAAGUUAAACAAGAAAAGUUCUUCACCAGAUAGUGGUGGCAAACUGACAGAAUCAGAGAUUAAAGACAAAAUCUUUCGGCUAUCUAAAACUCUUGCAAACCAGGCUAUGAUCUCAAGAUUACCAGAUAAAGGAGAGAAGAUACAAAUGCAUAUUGUGGAAUUGAAUGCUGAACUUGACAGAAUUAAGAUGGGAAAAGAAUCCGAAAAGAAAAUAAUUAGUUUGGAUGAUUUAACUGACGAAUUUCAGAAGGUGAUAAAUGUAUAGCGUAUUGCUGGACAAUGUAUAGUAACUAUUUUGUUGAGAAUUCUCUUCUCAAUCCAUGAAUUAACUCAAUUCUUCUCCAGUUAAGUCAAUAUGUUGGGUUUUCUCCUCGAGUUCAAUGUUUUGGAGAUCUCGCCUGGAUAUUCAAUGCUGUCUGGCACAUGAUUGAUGUGUUUAUCUUUUUUACUUGAUAAAUGCUGUUAAUGGUUACAUCGUUU